CUGACAUCAUUUGGGAAAGCUCAGCUGCUAAAGCGGCCAGCAUCUCUCUUGACUCCCACCUGCUUCAGAGAUCCGCAGAUGGAGAAACAGACCAAUGGGCACCUCCGAAGAACAAAUGGGUCGGACUCCAACUCUCUGGAAUAGUCCUCAACAAAGAUUCCUGCCCUGUUCAUGACCAAAGAUCCAGACAAAGAAGCGUGUUCAGCAGCCCCACGAGUGGAAGAAGGGCUAGGAAUAUGGUCAUGAUCUGGAGUUCUGGCUUAAGGGGACUCCAUCAUCGACCUAAAGGAUUCUGGAAACUAUCCACUUCUGAGAUCUCCAUCCUACUGUUCUACAGUUUCAAAGUUACCUGCCCAGGAUAAUGUUUCAGUCACAUCAAAUACAUAUCCACAGUAUAUCACCUAAAAGAAAGAAAAAAUCCGACCAUCCAAGAACCACCAUAGAAAAGUGUGUGAUGAAAAUCAGCAGAUUAGGAAAAAAGAAAUCAAGUAAGAUGGUCACCAGAGCCCUGCUGGAUUUCCCCUCCACCCAGACGAGAUGGCCACCCUUUUUGUUGCUUUUCCUUGUAGCCCCCUUGGUGGGAUUCAGCUGGGGCUGCCCUUCGAGGUGCGAUUGCUCCUCCCAGGAGAAGGCGGUGUUCUGCAAUGGCCGGCGUCUGACGACUGCGCCCGGUGGAAUCCCUCCGGACUCCGAGCUUCUGGACCUGAGUCACAACCGCAUCCGCACCCUUCACCAGGGUAUGUUCUCUCGCCUCCAGGCCUUGAAGGAGCUGGACUUGAGAGAGAACAUCAUGUCCAACAUUGAACCCGGAGCCUUCAAUGGCCUCCAUAAGCUGAUGACCCUCCAGCUGAAGAGCAACAUGUUGAAGAUAAUCCCAGCGGGUGUCUUCAUGGGUCUUCCCAAUCUCACCAUCCUGGACAUCAGUAAAAAUAAGAUUGUUAUCUUCCUGGACCACUCUUUCAAAGAACUCAUCAACCUCAGAAAGCUGGAGGCAGGAGACAAUCACCUGGUCUUCAUUUCUAACCGAGCUUUCGGUGGUCUUCACCGACUACAACAUCUCACCUUGGAAAAAUGCAACUUGACCGGCAUCCCGACACAAGCUCUUUCUCACCUUCACCAUCUCGUGGAGCUCAGGUUCAAGGUCCUGAACAUCAGCAUCGUUCCUAACUAUUCUUUCCGCAAGCUGCACCAACUGAAGGUUCUGGAGAUCCACCAGUGUCCUUUCCUGAAGACACUGGAGUCCUGUAGCCUCUUUGGCUUAAACAUCACCUCUUUGUCGGUCACCAAGUGCAACCUCAGCAUCAUUCCCUACGAAGCUUUCAAGCACUUGGUCUACCUCCAGUUCCUGGAUCUCUCCUACAACCCCAUCUCUGUGAUCCACGGGAGAAAGCUGAGGGACCUCUUGCGGCUUCAGGAGUUCCACCUUACUGGUGGCCGCCUGGUCACAAUCGAGAACAAAGCUUUCCAAGGCCUGUACUACUUCCGCCUCCUCAACGUUUCUGGCAAUGCUUUGCAGACUCUCGAGGAAGGGGUCUUCCACUCGGUGGGGAACUUGGAAGUCCUCAGGCUGGACGGAAAUCCCUUGGCUUGCGACUGCCGACUCCUGUGGAUCAUUCGGCGGAGACGGAGGCUGAAUUUUGAAGCCCAGCAGCCCGCCUGCGCUAGCCCCUCGACAGUGGAGGGGAAAGUCUUCCGAGAAUUCUCGGAGGUCCUGAUAGACCACUUCACUUGCAGGAAGUCUAAGAUUAUAGACCGGACGUUUCAGAGCGUGAGCGUUGAAGAAGGAGGCCAUGCCGUGCUGAGGUGCCGAAGUGACGGGGAUCCAAUGCCAACCACUUCUUGGGUGACGCCUCACAAAAUCCACUUGGAUGCAAGGGGCAAAGGAAGGGUGAGAGUCCUUUCAGAUGGCACCCUUGAGAUCCAGUAUGUCUUGCCUCAAGAUGCCGGGCCGUACCACUGCAUAGCGAGCAACGUAGCAGGGAAUGACACCCUGGUGGCCUAUCUCCAAGUCCACCCGUUCUCCGUUCACCUGCCGAACGACUCUUUCCUCCCAAGUAACUUCAGCAUUGCCAACAUGACCGAGACCUUCCGCCUGCUCCUUGUGGACAUCAACACCGUGGUGGGGGUGCUGGCCAUUGGAAUCAUGCCCUUUCUCUGCUCUGUCGUCGUUUGCUUUCUCCUCAUCUUACUCUGGAGCCGGAGCAGAGGGAGGAUGAAGCGCCAGGCCAACCAGCGUUCUCCCUCUUAUUCCCAUGGUUACAAGGCUGCAUCCAGCCAACCCAAAACUGCAGCCCUAAAACCAAAAUCAGGAGUUACCAAGACGAACUUGGUGAGCCCUACGGGGAUAGGGUGGGAUAGAAAUCGAAAAUAAGUAACUUCGAUCCGGUCCGUGUGGGCCAGGAAGUGACAUAGCUGAGUGCACUUUACCACCUCAGAUAGCAGAAGAUCCAUUUCAGAUUUGCACCUACAUUUGAGGUUUUUUCCAAAAAGAAUCCCUGCAAACAGAAAACUAGCAUCGCAGUGGCAAAGGUUGGUCUGCUGGUUUUCUAGCUGCGUGGAGCCCUCCUCCACUGGCUGUCUGAAAUGAAGCAGUUCUUUUGGCCACCUCAACAUCCUGACAUUGUUGAUUUUUCCUUUUUUGUUCAUACAUGGCUAAAGGAAGUCGUCUCGGUUUUCCGGACAGUUUCUGCUGCAUCUGGCCCAGAGCCAUGCAUUUUUAGGCCAGAUUAGAGAUCUUUAUUUUU